GACCAGUGCAAGACCAGUGUACGUUUGACAUUCUGAGUUUUUGGUGGUUGAGUUUUAGCGGAGUAUAUAUGUGGGAGAAACAAUUGUUUGGUAGUUACUAGGAAGGUUUUAAAUCAUGAAUACAGUUUUCAUGCCCUAGUCUUAAUUGGUUUAGUGUAAUAUUGUGGUUUCGCCUUUAUUUCUAUGAUGUGCCUUUACCUUGUGUACCGUCGAUAGAUCUCGUACACAUCUCGUAGAUAGGUUUGUGCUCGAGAGGAAGAUGACGGUUUUAAUCUGCUACUGUGUUAUUAUUUCCGCUUAAUUGCACGAUAACUAUAUUCAAGAUGACAACAAAUACAAAAUCAGCCAAUGUUACGUUGAGGCCGAUUGAGGUGCCGAAAGCUUUGCAGGAUGGCGAGAAGUUCAUGAAAUGGGAUGAGGAUUCAGGCCAGACAGGUCUGCCAGUUACCCUGAGGGUGGAUGCCAAGGGGUUCUUCCUGUUUUGGACUGACCAGAAUAUGGAAGUGGAGAUGCUGGACAUUGCCACCAUCAGAGAUGUGAGGACAGGAAUCCAGGCUAAGGUCCCAAAAGACCAGAAGAUCCGUAACGUGGUGUUGUUCGGCUCGCAGGGCUCGUUGGAAGAGAAGACUGUGACCGUGUGCUAUGGAGCAGAUUUCGUCAACGUCACUUUCAUUAACUUCUGCUGCACGAGGAAGGAAAUCGCUCAGAUGUGGACCGAAGAGCUUUUCGCAUUGGCAUAUAACCUGAACCAGCUCAACAACCCCACCAUCAAGUUUCUAGAGAAGAUGCACACCAAGAUCAUCCUUAAAGCAGACAAGUCUGGGAAAAUACUCGUUAAAAACAUCGUCCGCCUAUUCGCCCAGAACAAGGACGACAAGAAGCGGGUCGAGAAAGCCCUCAGCGAAUCGGGGCUUCCUACAGGCAAGAAUGACACCAUCAGCCAAUCCAAGUUCCAGUUCGAGGACUUUUUCAACUUUUACAAGAGCCUCACGCAGCGGAGCGACGCGCAAAAGAUAUUCAACAGCCUAACGGACGGCAAGCCGCACCUGUCAGCGGCGCAGCUGGUGGAUUUCCUCAACGAGGUGCAGCGGGACCCGCGUCUAAACGAGAUCCUUCACCCGUACGCGGACAUCCAGAAAGCCAAGGACCUGAUCAAGGCGUACGAACACAACAAGUAUCACCAGCAGAGAUCGCAGCUUACCUUUGACGGAUUUUUAAGAUUCUUAAUGUCGGAGGAUAACCCAAUAGUGGCGCCCAACAAAUUAGAGCUGAGCGACGACAUGGACCAGCCGAUGGCGCACUACUUCAUCAACAGUUCGCACAACACUUACCUCACCGGCCACCAGAUCACCGGCAAGUCCAGCGUCGAGAUCUACCGUCAGAGCUUGCUCGCCGGCUGCAGAUGCGUGGAACUAGACUUCUGGAACGGCCGCACGGAGGAGCCCGUGAUCGUGCACGGCUACACCUUCGUGCCGGAGAUCAGCGCCAAGGAGGUGCUGGAAGCUAUCGCGGAGAGCGCCUUCAAAACCUCGGACUUGCCCGUCAUACUCAGCUUCGAGAACCACUGCAACCCCCGCCAGCAGGCCAAGAUAGCCAACUACUGUCGGGAUAUAUUCGGCGACAAAUUGUUAGACCGCCCUUUGGACUCGCAUCAGCUCGAACCAGGAGGAGAGCUACCGCCACCAUUGCUGCUUCGUCAUAAGAUUAUAAUUAAGAACAAAAAGAAACACCACCACCACCACAAGAAAGAGGACUCGUUGGCGUCCGAGGAGAGCGAGGCCAGGCCCGAGCCCCCUGUGCAGGGCAAUGGAGACGUGUCUCAUGGAAGUCUGGUGCGGCAGAGUUCGAAAGAAUCUUCCUCAUCGUCGGAGUCGGAGAGCUCGUCGGGCGAGGAGGAGGCGGGCGGCGCGGAGGGCGGCGGCGAGGAGCCGCGCGAGACGCACGCCGGCGCAGAGAUCUCCGCGCUCGUCAACUACGUGCAGCCCGUGCACUUCAGCUCCUUCGAGAGCGCAGAGAAAAAAGGUCGUUUCUACGAGAUGUCGUCAUUCGAUGAGAAGCAAGCAACAGCUCUACUGAAAGAGCGACCGAUCGAGUUCGUGAAUUAUAACAAAAACCAACUGUCGCGCGUCUACCCCGCUGGCACGCGCUUCGAUUCCUCCAAUUUCAUGCCACAGGUGUUCUGGAAUGCGGGCUGCCAGCUGGUGGCGUUGAACUACCAGACGCUGGACUUGGCGAUGCAGCUCAACCUGGGCACCUUCGAGUACAACCGCCGCUGUGGCUACUUGCUCAAACCGGAGUUUAUGCGUCGAAAGGACCGUCGCCUGGACCCGUUCGCGGAGAGCACCGUGGACGGCAUCAUCGCGGGCUCGCUGGCCGUGACCGUGCUGUCGGGGCAGCUGCUCACGGACAAGCGCUGCGGCACCUACGUGGAGGUGGACAUGUUCGGCCUGCCCGCCGACACGGUGCGCAAGAAGUUCCGCACCAGGGUCGCGCCCAACAACGGUAUCAACCCUGUCUAUGGAGAGGAGCCGUUUGUCUUCAAAAAGGUGGUGUUGCCGGAGCUGGCGAUGAUUCGGAUCGCGGCGCACGAGGAGAGCGGGCGACUGCUCGGCCACCGCGUGCUGCCCGUGGUGGGGCUGUGUCCCGGCUACCGGCACGUCAACCUGCGCACCGAGCUCGGCCUGCCGCUGCCCGCUAGCCUGUUCCUGCUGGUGGUGGUCAAGGACUACGUGCCGGACAAGCUGUCGGAGCUGGCGGAGGCGCUGGCCAACCCCAUCAAGUACCAGAGCGAGCUGGACAAGCGCGAGCACCAACUGGCCGUGCUCACCGACGGCACCGACGAGCCGCGCCGGCCCAGCACCUACCCUCCUGUGAAGCCGCAGCUGACAGUGGACGGCAGCCCGCACAAGCCGACCGCCGAGCCGGCCGCCGACAGCGUGCCGCCGCCGCCGCCGCCGCCGUUGUCGGAGCCCGAAGAGCCCAAGGAAACACCAGAAUGCAAAUCGAAUGGCGGCGCGGAGGAGCCCGUAUCGGAAACGCUGGACGCCCUGCUGUCGCUGAAGGUCGUGAAGGAGAAGCGCUCCGAGCUGGCGCGCAAGCUCGACGCGCUGCGGCGCAAGUUCGACAAGGAGAAGCGUCCGCUGUCGGCGUACGUCAGCACCAAGCUAGUCAAGAAGCUUUCAUCCAAGAACAUCAUCGGCGAGGCGAGCUCGAGCGACGAAGGUGCAGGCGCAGGCGCACCGGGCAGUGCUGAAGCCGUCGCCGCCGAGCGGGAACUCCGGCUGCGCUACCACCACGCCAUCUACGCGGCGCUCGACAAGCACGUCAUGCUGGACCAGCAGCGACAGAUGCGGGCGCUCACUGAUAUGCUGGACGCGGAAAAGAAGGAGGUCCUCAGCCGUCUCGCCAACGACCGCAACAAGGAAGUCAAGGCGCUCGCCAAGAAAACGAACCGGGACAAGGACGAGAUCCUUCGGAUAAAGCGGGAGAUUCACUCGCAGUCGGUAGAGCGCGGCGUGGCGGAGUGCUCGCAGCUGGAGCAGGCGUACGCCGCGCGCCGCGAGGCCCUGGCGCGCGCGCACGAGCGCCUGCGCAACGAGCUGCAGCGCCAUCGCGACCAGGAGCUGCUGGAGCUGGAGCGGCUGUGCGGGCCGCCGGAGGGCUAGAGCGCGGCGCGCGCGCCCGGCCCUCCCUCCUCGCCCGCCCCGCGCCGGCGUCCCCGCCCCGAGCGGCCGCGCCGAGCCCCGAGCCGGCGUCUCCGCCCCCGAGGCUCUUUACUUUUGUUAGGAAUCUGUGAUAUUAUCGCCUAAGGAGAGGAACGUACGAGUGGAUCGCGUCUCCGAUCGAGUCUCGGCGACGGCGAUAUUGCUUUCAUUUCGUAAUCUCGUAGUUUUAUUGCGUACCGUUCUCUCUCGGCUCUCCCGCCGCAGCCGCGGGCGCUCGCAUGGCCGCGGCGCCCCGGUGUCGGCCCCGAAUACGUACCAGGUCGGUCGGCUAAUCGAGUAAUCGUUUAACAAAUUUCGCUCCGUUUCGUGCUAAGAAUAUGCGAGUAUGUCGUGAUAGUGAGGUGUGUCUUCGUAUCCGAAGUGUGUCUAGUGAGGGGUGUCUGUUAUGUUAUUGCAUUUAUAUGAUAUAAAUGUAGUGUAGAGGUACGUUCGGCCGACUGCCUCGACGGUCGGCGAACUAGUGGCCCGGGCCGUUCGACUAGUUCAGGUCCGACGCACGAUUCCGUGCCAGGUGUUUGAUAAUAUGCGUUCAAAUGUAAUAUCUAUACAUAUCGGAAGCACAACAUACUUUGAAAUUUUUUCACUGUCGUUUUUGGUAUAAGGUUUCUACGAUGGCUUUUCCUUUGAUUAGUAAUUUGUAGAGUUGUUCCAAAAGUAAUGUUAAUUAUGAAAAUUAUUCUUAUGAUGGUUAUUCCAAUGAUUUCUGGUUAGUGAUUGUGUUUAAUGCGGUAAGUAAAUUAUUAUUUCUUAUUGCAGAUACAUUAAACAAUUAUAGACUUUAUUGAACGCCAUUUUUGAAGUAAUUAGAUUAAAACAAAAAGAUUAUCUUCCGUAUCCAGGUAUUAAAACUGUAAUAACCUAAGUAUAAUUAUUAUUUAUUGUGUAGGUAAUUGAUUUACAUACAUGAAGUAAUGCCGCGCAUGUGCCGGUGUGGAGUGUUGCGCACACAUGAGCGUCCGAGCGUGCGAGCAGUAGUGGUCGGCUCGAUCGAUAUAAUAUAAUGGCUUGGAAACUGUAGUCGUACUAACCGCUCAGUCAGUAAUGUAGGUUGUAGAUUAACAUUCCAUUUUGCUUAGAAAUUAAUAUGAUAGCCGAUACGUAUAUUUUACGACUACCGUUCGACUUUAAUAUAAAACGAUAGUAUUGCUUCCACUGAUAUUAUUUGAAAUUCAUAUACAAAAUAUUUUUCCUCAUCGUAAAGAACUAUUUUUAAUAUAGCUCUCUUAAUCAAUUUACCUAAUUAUUUAGUUUUUUUUUGUCGUGUACAAAUAGGUGAUCUUAUAGACUUACAAAAAAUUAGGACCCCAAGUUUUCUUCCCAACAUCGUAACUUGAAAGAUAAUGUUCGGCUAGUAAUAAUUUUAACUAUUUUAAGUAACAGUCAUUAAUUGUUAAGAUCGUAGUGGCCUUGUCCUGGGCGGAUUUAAAGGUAUUCAUUAAUAUAAAAAAGUCACAGUAAUGUCAGUCAUCACUCCUGGAGGUCUGGAUUAAGCAGCUGCUGAUUUAUUUGCUAGGACACCUUUCGGUCCUCUAGAAAUCUUGAGCAUCGCUUGAGGUGCAAUAUCGCUUAGAUAUUUAGUUUACCCCCAUUCAAUAUUGGUACGCAAUGUUUCCAGUGGAAGUACGAAAAUUAAAUCGCGAGGCAAGAUUUUUGAACACACGCACUGAGGAUUUCAUAAAAGAUAACUUUUAAUUGGCUCAAUUUCAAUUCAACGUAAAUGUCAUGGAUUUCCUAAGCCUUGCUAGAUACGGUGUUAUUUAUAUCACUGCCAUGAUAAGAAUCUUAUUUUGUUUUGUAGUCUUCCCGGCUUUGUCUCGAUUGUUUUAGCGUGAAUUUCGCGUACUCGUUACGUUUAACUUCUAUGGUGCUUUUACUAAAUAUAGUCGCGAUGUACUUAAAUCAAGUUAUUACAUAGUCACUUUACAUUAUUGUAAUGUUCGGAAGUAGUCUAAGUUGUCACAAAAUAAAUAUAGAUUUAUUGGAGAUUACGGCGAUUAUGGAAUACAAGAUUACGGAGUUACGCUGACUUGUCAAAUAUCUCAAUGUCCUUGCAGUGAAUAUUUGAACCAGAAGAUAACUCGAGUACUUCUUUUAAGCGUUAUUGACGCAAUAGUUAUAACAAUAUAUGUCAAGUUUCAGCCGUAAUUUUGUUACAAACGCAUCGUCGGUUAUUUAUUGCAUUUGGUGUAUAUUUUUCUAUGUAUUUUAGUCAUUUUGCGUUUUGUUCGACAAAACGUCUUAUUAGGUCACAUUAAACCCAUUUAGAGCCAUGGAAUUUAGUCACUUUUGACAGCUGACAGGGAAAUGAUUAGGAUUUAGAUAGACGUAGAAGAAGCCUUUUCGCGGUGAAGUCUCGUAACGAAUACCUCCAUUUCGUUACCCGAGUUUCAGCAAUAAAAUAUUUAUAAUAAUAAAAAAAUACAAAUGUAUCCGUCUCUACUUAUCUUAAACGAAUCGCAAUAAUGUUCACGUUUGAUAGAUGUUAAGGUACGGUGCGUUCAUAUUGUCAAACUGUACGUUACUAUAAAUAAUUAUUUGGAGAAAUUGAUAGCUGAUAUUCUGUACCUUUUAAAGUGCCUAUUAGUUUAUUAUUUUUGGCUUUUACAACAACUCUAUACAAUAUGGACUCACCGAGUAACAAAUUAACAAUCAAGUGCAAUAUUAAAAUUAAGACUCGAUAAUUGUUUCCGACUUAUGCGUUUUCCGUUCUGUGCGUCUAGAGUAUCGUAAUAGCUGCCAAAUAUACACGGAUAUUAUAGAAGUAACGGAUGUUAAUAGACCUGCUCAUACUACAUACAUACCUAUUCUUGUUUUUAUUUACACUUGAUAUAUUUUUAGAUACAAUGAAAUUUACACCGUUUCGUAGUUUUAUCCUAUAAUGAGAUUUCAUUAAUCACUUUCGAUACACAACUUAUAGGGUGGUGGUAACAACGCCUUGGUGUUUCGAUUGGGUAGGAUAGGUACGUGGAAUAAUAUUGAAACGAGUUAUUUAAUUAGUAAAUUAUAGUCGAGUGAAUAUAAUACAAACCAUACGUGUGUACAAGGUAUAAUUACACAUUUUAGUCGUGUCUACCACUAAACACUACUUCUUGCAAACUGAUUGCUGUGUUAAAUAUAACAAUCCUUUUUCCAAUACGCUGUCUAAGUAAUCGUGACUUCGCGAUAACGAUGACGAGAGGCAGAUGCUCGAUGCUAAAGUUAUGGUGAUCAUAUAACAAGUUGGACUAGUUUAAAAAUAUAAAUGAUCUGAUUAAAAAAUCUACUUUAUGAAACCAGUCAAAAAGGUAUAUCUUGUAGCAUAUUUAUUUGUUACAAAUAAUGGACAGUAUUUUACGUAAGCGGAAAUAGAAAGGAAACAGGGAACCUUUUACUCGAUCGCCUUCGUGUGCUAUAUUUGAAAUUGUUAUAAUGAUAGGUAGUGUGUAUAUACUUGUGUGCAAUUGUAUCACUGUUAGGUAAAUGCAAAGUAUGGUCAGUUUAUGUCGAAACCCUGCGUCCAUACACGGAAGGGUGCCAGUAGCAUAUGUCUGACAAAGAUCGAAAAUGAAACACUUGCCUUUGAAGUUUAAAAUUAGUCGCGUUUAAUUCGGGUUUUUUAUUGAUCAUGUAUAUUUAGAGUGUAGAUAGUUACAAAAGUAUCGCGUUACGCCCAUAGUAGAAACUGCACAUAGUAGAGCUUUUUAAUGGAUGAAGUUUAUUAUUUAUUUAUUUGUAUAUUUUAUCUUUAUUGCACAAAAGAAAACACAAACGUAAAAAGGCGGACUUAAUGCUAUAAACUUAUAAAGCAUUCUCUACCAAUCAGUAAGUAGUCAGGGAUUAUUAUUAUUAAGCACAUCCGUUUUUUUUAUUUACACUGUGGUCUCGCUCUGUCCCACGAUUGAAUUAUAUAGAGUUCAUAAGAUAUGUAGUUAAUGUAACUGGUGUAAUAUUGCCAACUAGAUAAUAAGAGUUAGCUUGUUGCAAACAAUCCGACUGCAGCUUCGAUCAGACACGAUAGGAGACGUGGAGGAUUCGAACUUCUGGAAUGAUAGAUUACAUUAUAUUAUAACGUAUAUGUACCUGUGUGGUUUAGCGUUUUAGUGAUCGUAAUAUUAGCUUCUACUUGUGUUAUGUUUCUGUACAAAAUGUCAGGUACGAAUUGAUAUUUAUGGCUAUGUUUGUCGCUGACGAAUUUACAGACUUGGAAAAAUCUCAUAAACAAACCAGGGCCUAGCCAAGAUUUCAAUGGUUUUCGGAAAACGAAAUGAAACGCUAAUAUUAACGUAAAUAAAUUACUUAUGGAAAUGAUAGCGUUUCGGUUCGUUUUUUGCAAACGAUUGUCAUUUUGGUUUAUCCCCCAGAUCGGUAAAAACGCAAAGGCUUCGUGACCUGUCUUUUGUAUAGCAUCAUCUCCUUUAUAACUGAAUUCUAACUUCUAGAACGGUAUCGUCUGACUGACUUACACUCAUUGUAAAUGUAUACGUAUACCUUAUAUAUACAAGUAUUUGUUAUUUUUUAUACUCUUAAUAAUACUAUUACUGGGUA